CACGGCUUUGCGCACGGACCCGUUUCGGCGUAGCGCAGGCGGAGUGUCACGCGUGUGUGGAGAACUUCAGAGAAAAAACAGAGUCAGAGGCGAGGCGGUUCACUCCUCAGGCGAGGCGGUUCACUCCUCAGGAUGGAGGCUGCUGUGGACCGGAGUGGAGAAGGUGCUGACUGUCCAGCAGUACCACAGACGGAGAAAGGAGAGGCAGCCCUGAAAGCACAGUACAUCACGACCAGAGAGAAGUUUCAUGAGUUUCUGGCUGCUGGCUUGAAAGAUCAGAAAGGUGAUGGAGAGGAAUCAGCAGAAGCGUCUACAGAUGGAGACAACGGCACAGCAGAGGAGCCUACCGGAGAACCAGAGUCUAAGAAGAGGAAAGCGGACGAUGAGGCGCAGGCGGAAGACAAUAAACAGGACAAGAAGAAAAUGAAGGGCCAGAACAAGUCACGGCCUCAUAUGAAGCCUCACAGCUAUGAUGACCGCAGACUGUGUCCUUCACUGGUUCAGGAGCGUGACAGCAAGUGUUUCUACGGCGAUAAGUGCAAGUUCAUCCACGAUGUUGCCGACUACAUGUCCACCAAACCGGCAGAUCUGGGUGACCGCUGCUAUCUGUACGACACCUUCGGGAAGUGUGUGUUUGGCAUCACCUGCAGGUUUGCCAGUGCUCACAUGGGACCUGACUUUAAGAACCUGGUGAAGGAGGAGGUCUGUAAAACCCUCGGCCAGAAAGAGAUGGUCAGGAACAGCCUGGAUAAGGAGCUCCAGAGACGGCUCAGGAAGAGACAGGUGACCUUCAGCCGUUCAGAGACGUACCUGAAGAGUAUCGGUGCAGGAAAGGCUAAAGGAGGAGCAAAUGGGAAAAAGUCUGGGUCUGAAAACAAGCAUGCUACGACUGACGCUGUAGCAGAGGUGGAGAAGCAGUGUGUGUCGGAACAGAGCGAUACUGCUGCUGACUUGAAAACGGAGAACAGUCAGUCACCUCUCGUGAAGACCAUCGGGCCACUAACUGACGCUGACAUCAUCAAGCUGCGCCCAUGCGAGAAGAAACAGGUAGAUUUCAGAGAUAAGCUGUAUCUGGCUCCUUUAACCACGUGCGGGAACCUGCCGUUCCGGCGCGUGUGUAAGCGGUUCGGAGCUGAUAUCACCUGUGGAGAGAUGGCCAUGUGCACUAACCUACUGCAGGGUCAGGCCUCAGAGUGGGCCCUGCUGAAGAGACACCACACCGAGGACCUCUUUGGAGUGCAGCUGGAGGGCUGUUUUCCUGAUACGAUGACCAGAUGUGCCGAGCUGCUCAAUCAGAACAUCGACGUGGACUUUGUGGACAUAAACUCAGGCUGCCCCAUCGACCUGGUGUAUAAGAAGGGUGGGGGCUGUGGCCUGAUGACCAGAACCAACAAGUUUGAGCAGAUCGUCAGAGGAAUGAACUCUGUUCUGGAUGUCCCUCUGACUGUUAAAAUCCGCACGGGAGUCCAGCAGAACUGCAACAUCGCUCACAAACUCAUCCCUGAGCUGAAGAAGUGGGGUGUGUCUCUCAUUACGCUGCACGGUCGGUCCCGAGAGCAGCGCUACACUAAGAUUGCUGACUGGGAUUACAUCGACACCUGCUCCAGGCUCGCCAGCCCCGUGCCACUGUUUGGUAAUGGAGAUAUUCUGUCCUAUGAGGACGCUCUGAAGGCCAGACAGACUGGAGUGUCUGGAAUCAUGGUGGCAAGAGGUGCUCUGAUAAAGCCGUGGCUCUUCACUGAGAUUAAGGAGCGACGGCGCUGGGACAUUUCCUCCGGGGAGCGGAUGGACAUCCUGCGGGACUUCACAAACUACGGCCUGGAGCACUGGGGCUCCGACACGCAGGGAGUGGAGAAGACCAGAACCUUCCUGCUGGAGUGGCUCUCCUUCACCUGCAGAUACAUCCCGGUGGGUCUGCUGGAGCGAGUGCCGCAGAAGAUUAACGAGCGUCCUCCGUACUACCUGGGCCGAGAUUACCUGGAGACGCUGAUGGCCAGCCAGCACGUCGGAGACUGGGUCAGAAUCAGUGAGAUGCUGCUUGGACCAGUGCCAAAAAACUUCAGCUUCCUCCCCAAACACAAAGCCAACGCCUACAAGUGACUGACGGACGGACAGACAGACGCCGAGCUGAACUGCAGACAUGCUCCUCACUGUGAAUGACUGAAGUGGAUUUGGGUUUUAUUUUACUUUUUUUAAGUACAUAGUUGUGUGAGGGAUUAAAGGGGAAUUCCACCCAUUUUCCAAAAUUCCCCCGUAGUUCAGUGUGUGAGGUGUAAUCGGAGACAUUCAGAGUGGAUUUGGU